GUCUAGGAACCAUGACGUUGCGGGUUCAAUCCCUGGCCUUGCUCAGUGGGUUAAGGAUCCAGCGUUGCUGUGGCUGUGGUCUAGGCUGGCAGCUGUAGCUUUGAUUAGACCCCUAGUCUGGGAAGCUCUACAUGCCACGGGUGGGGCCCUAAAAAGCAAAAAAAAAAAAAAAGCUACUCUCUUGGGCUGGUCCUUUCUGGAUGGUGACAAGUUCGGGUCACUGGGAGACAGCUGAGCCAUGGAGUGACCGGUGGGCAGGGACUGUGGCACCAACCUGCUGGGAUUGCUCACCAAGUGUCUGUUUCUUGCCAGCCUCACCUUUCACCUCACAGCCUCCCUGCGCUGUGCUGGCAGUGUGGGACCAGUUCAGGAGUGAUGCGCCUGCUCUUGGGCCCGUAGUGAGCGUCCCUGGGGCCGCACCCCUCUUAUGACCCCCCCAGCCAGGAUCUUUGGGGUGGUGAUUUUCAGGAGCCAGGUGUGACUGGGCACCACUGUGGGGAGCCUGGUAGUGGCCUACCCUGUCUCCACGUCUUGUCCUGCUCACGGCUGGCUGGCUCCCUCUGGCCGUUAGUGGCGUGAUGAAGUCUGGGCCGCUGGAGGGGCUGCCUUCCUAGUCCUGGUAAUUCAGAAAGGCAUGAGUGAUGUUUGGUUGCAGUGGGAGUUCAGAAAGUGUCCUUCAGGGGAGCAGGAGGGUGGAUGUCCCCCCUCCCUCUGGUCUGGAUGGUCCUGUGUUUCCUUCCGUGGCCUUUGACCUCUUCUUGCCUCUGGUCCUUUGCCCUAGGACUAGGCAGUGGAGUGGGGGGGUGGGCAGUGGAAUGAGGGGGUGACCUUCUCCUCCUUGGGGGCACAGGUCAGCUCUGCCUUCCCCACCCUCCUCUGUUUCACCUGCCCCAGGCUACUUGGCUGUAGCCUGGCCUGUAUCUUCUGCCCACUUCUGUGCCUUCUCUAUAGGGCAGGGGGACACAUGUUCAUGGCUGGUCUCUGGCCCAGAGCUGGUGGGCGGUGGGUGCCCUGGGGCCAGGAGGGCUGUGCUGAGAGUCACAUUUGAAUUAUCUUGGUUUUGAAAAGGACCAUACCCAGCCUUCCAUCAGGGUACCUCCUGAGGGAUAGAGGCUGUGUGCUGAGUGGGGUGGGGGCUGGGUUGCUUACCUUCCCCCUGCACUGAGCCCCCAGGUGGCUGCCUCCUGGCCCCCGUGUACAGCCCAGGUGUAGCGUUGGCACCCGAGCCGUGUGCUGGGCUGUUGUGAGAGUCAGGCCAUGGACCCCCACGUAGGCAGGUCAGGACUGGGAGGGGAGGCCUCUGUAACCUCCUCUCCCCGGUCCCAGAGCCCAGACGGAAGGUGGGCCAGAGGCCUGUCUGCUCACUGUGCCUAGCUCCUGCCCUCCCAGGAGCCCCAGGGUUCGCGCUGAACUCAGAUAUUUGGCACCCAGGCUUCCUGGCAGCCUGUUUCAGCUUCUCUAGUCACUGGAGGACUUGGAAGUAGGGGCCCCCAGGAAACUUGUGCUCAGAGCCCUGGGAAGGUGGCAGUGGCAGUGGGCACGGGUGUGGUUACCAGAGUGGGCAGAGCGUCCUGGACACAGUAAGUGCCUCACCAAAACUGCUGUUUGUCCAGCCGCACAGGGACCCAGGCUCAGGUCCUUAGGUGGGAAGGGGCAGCGGUGCAGCUGUCACCGGGGUUGAGUGUGGGCAGGUGCCACAUCUUAGAUGUUCUGCCAUCCCCUUCCAGGUUCUGACAGGAUCCCUGCCAAUUGGGGCUCUCGCUCUCCUCACCACCUCCCCCCCCGCCCCUCCUACUUGAACAAGAAAGGAAAACUUUGUAAAAGUUUUGGGCAGGUCCUGCCCUGUGUCCCCAGGCUGAGGGAAGGGGAGAAUGGCCGGGCCCUUCCCAGAUGAGAACCAGCACAACCGCUCCCCUUAUCCCUGCCUCACCCCCAUCUGAGCAGGGUUGGGCCCCAGAUGUCCUGGAGGGCUGUGUAUUCUCGGCUCUGGCACAGCUGGCGGGGUGGGGGAGUCAACCGGGCCCCAGGUGUCUUGGAGGCUGUGUAUUCUCAGCUCUUGGCACAGCUGGUGGGGUGGGGGACACCCUAGAGAAUUGCAGAUUAAAACCACAACAAUACAUCCAUCAGAAGGUCUAAAAUUAGUACUUUUACCAGUGGAACGACUUGUACCUCAUGAAGCUUCAGGCACAUCCACCAAAGAUGCUGUUCCAUUUGUACAAUAGAAGACUCCACAGCAAGGACAGGACACACCAUAUGCAGAGCUGGGCUGCCUGCGGGGAGGACUCUCACAGACGUUCAGUGAAUGAAGCCAGAACAAAAGGGGAUGAGCUAUAAGCUUAACUUGUCUCUGAAGUUCAAGAACAGGCAAAAAACUCACUGAUAGGCUCUUCCCAAAGUGAAACAUGGAAUUCCCAUCUGACCUAGCAAUUCCACACCUGAAUAUAAGCCCCAAAGAACUGAAAGCAUUUUCCCCUCAAAUAGCAAAUCUCAGCCGACUCAGGGCCAGGGCUGCCAGGGCCCCAGUUCUUGGCAGCGUUUGUUUUGCACAUUCAGAUGUUGCAGCUGAAAUCCAGAGAGGAGGAAGGACAGAGGCAGAAUGCAUGUUCCAGCUCAGACAUCGAGCUGCGCAUGCGCCUCAUCUGCUUAGGAAGCGUGCGGAUGCGCCUGGGGCUGGAGGACGUGCUGGGCUGCUGGAGGCAUCUCAGUCCUGCGGAGACACUGCCCUCCCAUAGAGGGCGCGGAGACAAAACUCGCGGCCCUCAGAGGAACCGGGAACCCAGAGCCUUAUGGGACUUGCAGUUCACGGCCUCGUGGUGCGCAUGUGCACUGCCGAGUCCGUCCUGGGCGUGCGUCCGGGGGCGGCGGCCGAGGCCCCUGCCUGCCCAGGAAUCUGCCUGCCCAGAGGAGAGGAUGGCUGCUGGCUGCCUGCUUCCCUGGCAGCAGGAAGUGGUAACCUUGGAGGAUGUGGCUGUGUAUUUCACCGUGGAGGAGUGGGAGCUACUGGACCCUGCUCAGAAGAGGCUCUACAGAGGUGUGAUGCUGGAAAUAUGUGGGAACCUGGCCUCCGUGGAAGCCUUGAGGAACUCAAGUCCUGAGAUUGGCAUUGAGGAUGGCACAAUAUCCUCAGCACAAGCUUCCCAAGUCACCAGUCUCUCUCCAUAGACAGCAUAUUCACUCUUUCGACCAGUGGUAUCUUCCCACUUGGAGCAAGGAGAAGCCAUGUGGACCAUGGGGAAAGAAACCCUCCAAGCUUCCUGUUCAGAUUGGAAGACUAGACUGAAAAGCCAAGAGUCAAUUUACAGGAAGGAUGUUUUUGGGGAAGAACCACCUGGUACUGUGAAUAUUAUAAAGCUCCCCAGAGAGGACUGGGGAGAUGCUCAACUUGAGGAGAAGCAUGAAGAGCCCCAGGGGCUUUUAAGACAAAUGGGGUACCUCCAGAUAGAGGCAUUUACUCAAGAAAAGGCUACUGCCUGGCAUGAAUUUGGGGAAAACUGUAAUCUCGGCUCAGACCCUGUUUUAUCACAGAGAGGUUCUAUAGGGAGACAUUUCCAUGACUGUGACUUAGCUAUUGAGGGUUUGGCAUCUGAUCCAUUCUUAAACUGUCAUCAGAUGGGAUAUGCAGACCAGAGACCCUGUGAAGGGAAUGAAAGUGGAAGGGAUCUCAGCCAAAAUAAUCACCCUUUUCAACAUGGAAGAGUUCAAACAAGGGGGAAAUCUGCCUGUGCAGAAAGUUGGAAAUCAUUUAAUCAGGAGAUGACACUUACCAUACACGGCAGAAUUAAUACAAUGGAGAAAGCCUAUGAAUGUCAUCAGUGUGGGAAAGUCUUCAACCGGAGGCACUCCCUAAGUGAACAUCAGAGGAUUCACACAGGAGAGAGACCAUAUGAGUGUCAAGAAUGUGGGCGAGCCUUUACCCACAGCUCAACCCUCACUCGACAUCUGAGAACUCAUACUGGAGAGAAGCCCUAUUCGUGCAGUGAGUGUGGGAAAGCCUUCAACAGGAUUUCAUCUCUUACCCAACAUCAGAGGAUUCACACAGGGGAAAAGCCCUAUGAGUGUAAAGACUGUGGGAAAUCCUUCUGCCAGAGUUCUUAUCUGAUCUUGCACAAGAGGACGCAUACAGGCGAGAAGCCCUAUGAGUGUAAUGAAUGCAGAAAGGCCUUCAGUGACCGUUCUUCUCUUAAUCAACACGAGCGGACGCACACUGGUGAGAACCCCUAUGGGUGUCACCAGUGUGGAAGGGCCUUCAGCCAGAGGUCUUCCCUGGUUCGGCAUGAGAGGACCCACACUGGGGAGAAACCAUAUCGCUGUAAUGAAUGUGGGAAAGCCUUCAGCCAGAGUUCUUCCCUUAUCACACACCAGAAAACACACACUAGCCAGAAAACCUAUAAAAUAAUUGAUUGUGGGAAAGCUUUCUAUCAGAGCAGCCAUCUUGUUGGAUGUUAGUGGUUGCAUAUGGCUUUACAAAGUACUGCUUAUCGCUUUACCAUUCAGACUUUGCUCCUCUGAUGUACUCCUUGAGAAGAAGUAGGCUAAGUCCAUAUUAUGGAAGGAAAGAACUGAGGUCAAGAGUUGAGAAAGGAUCUUUUAAUGGGGAGAAAUAGUCAUUGAACAAUGCUCAAUGAGCUCUGCCGUCUUGGAAAAGAUUGGUAAAUUAAAUGGGAUUUUGCUGAGAAUUAACACAGUAAUUUCUUUGUUGAAAUGGAGUUCCUACUGUGGCUCAGCAGGUUAAGAACCUGGCUACUAUCCAUGAGGAUGUGGGUUCGCUCCCUGGCCUCGCUCAGUGGGUUAAGGAUUUGGCAUUGCUGUAAACUGCAGUCAAACGUAGGGAAUGUGGCUCAGAUUUGAUGUUGCUGUGGCUGUGAUGUAGGCUGGCAGCUGCAGCUCCAAUUCCACCCCUAGCCUGGGAACUUCCAUAUGCUGCAGAUGUGGCCCUAGAAAGAAAGAAAGAAAGAAAGGAAGGAAGGAAGGAAGGAAGGAAGUAUUGUUUCAACUUUUUGUUUCAGUAAUCAGUUUUCAUAUUUUUCUUACUCCUUCUGCCCCUGUUGGUCACUUAGCUAGGUCCUGAGUUGUCUCACACACUACUUGUCACAGUACCAUGGCCAUGCAGAACAUAUGCUAAGACAGAAGGUGCUUUGGCUGGGAAGUGAAAAGCAAAGAGUGCCAAGUAUUUUAUGUAAUUAUAUCUAGUGAAGUCAAAACACAUAUGUAAAUGGGGAAAGGCCAGAAAUGUGGAGAAAUGAACAGAGUUUCCUCGA